UGAGCUCCAGCACUGUGCGAGGCGGAAGCAACGUUGACAGGGGAGCCGCAGCUGUCGAUCCCGCGCUGCAAGGACACAAAUCAGACAGCUGGCUGGUCUGCCCCCCCAUGGCUAACCCAGAGGACCAAGGAAUGGAGACACACAUGCGUCCCAUAGAAAAGCUCAGGGCACAGUGCUUGGCAAGAGGCUCAGCUGGCAUUAAGGGGCUGGCCAGAGUUUUCCACAUCAUGGAUGAUGAUAAGAGCAGGUCCUUGGACCUAGCAGAGUUUGUGAAAGGCCUGAGCUCAGCUGGCAUCAUGCUGGGAAGCAGGGAGGCACAGCAAAUCUUCAGCCUCUGUGACAAGAACAGCAGUGGCACGAUGGAUUUUGAUGAGUUCCUGGAAGUCCUGAGGCCACCCAUGUCAGCUGCCAGGAAGCAGAUUAUAGCUGAUGCAUUUCACAAACUGGACAAGACUGGCGCUGGCGUGGUGAGCGUGGAGGAUCUCCAUGGGGUGUAUGACGGCAGAACUCACCCCAAGUACCAGAGCGGGGAAUGGACAGAGGAGCAGGUGUUCCGAGCAUUCCUGGACAGCUUUGACUCGCCCAAUGACAAGGAUGGGAAGGUCACAGGCGAGGAGUUCCUGAACUACUACAGUGGGGUGAGCGCAUCCAUUGACAGCGAUGACUACUUCGUGGCUAUGAUGAAGAGAGCCUGGAAGCUGUAG